AUGACAGAAUUCAUUAAUUAUAAAGUUGAUCUUAUGUUAAAAGAUGGGACUAAAUCAACAGGUAUAAUUACUCAUGUUGAUCCUCAACAAAUCACUCUUGGAAAUGCAAUUCAAUCAUUCAAUCCACAAGAAACUAUUUCCAAUCUUAAAGUUAUGAGUACUCAAAUUGCUGAUUUAAAAGUAGUUCAAUUACCUCCUAAUUUUAAUAAAGAUUCUCAAUCAUCAUCCAAUAAAAAGAAAUCAAAGAAACUGCUGCAGGCACAGGCUCAAGCUCAGAGCAAUGCCGUUGAAGAUGAUGCCAUUGUUUUUGCUAGAGGUGGGACUCCAAAAUCUAUCAACUAUGGAAAUAGUCGUUCCAAUACUCCUCGUAUAAGAUCAAAAGCAUUACAUUCAUCAGCGGGAUCAAUUGAUUGGGGUAAUGAAGAAAGUGAUGCCAAAUCAGCAGCUGGUACUGAUUUUGAUUUUGAAGCUAAUCUUGCUAUGUUUGAUAAAAAAUCAGUAUUUGCCGAUUUCCAAAGAAAAGAUAAUAUUAAUCAAAGUGAUCGAUUAGUAGGUCAUAAUAAACUUGAAUAUGUUAAUAAAUCAAAAAAGAAGGAAAAAUAUGAUAUUGAUGAAAUGGUUUUAGAUAAACAUAGAAUUGAUAAUUGGGAAAAUAUAGGAACUACUAAUACUUCACAUCUGGAAACUCCCGUAAUGCAAUCAAACAUGUUUGGUGGUGGACCUCAUAAAGAUUCAAAUGUAAGAUUAAUCCGUUCUGAUAAUUUAAAUCCAAUUGCAUUAGCUUCACCGGUACAAUUAUUAGAAAUUGAACGAUUAUCUACUGAAACUUAUGGUAUAACUCCAUCCAUCAUGACAGAAACAUGUGCUACUAAUCUAAGUCAAUUAAUCAUGAAUAAAAUGUUAGGUGGGACAUCUCGAUUAAGUAAUAAACAAAAUCAUAAUUUACCUCCAUUAGUAUUACUUUUAAUUGGAAGUGCCAGAUGUGGUAGUCGAGCAUUUGCAACUGGACGUCAAUUAACCAAUCAUGGAGUAAGAGUAUUAGCAUUCGUGAUAAAUAAUGAAGAUUUAGAUUCUGAAUUAACUAAACAAUGGAAAUUAUUUGAAAAUCUGGGUGGGAAAAUUAUUAUUAAAAAUUUACAUGAAUUAUUAGAUAUAAUAAAUCAUCAAUUAGAUACUCCGGUAGAAUUAAUAAUUGAUGCCUUACAAGGAUAUGAUGAUCAUUUAGAAGAUAUAUUCUAUACUCAAGAAGAUCAAGUCACAUUAACGAAUCUAAUGAAAUGGUGUAAUGAACUGCAACAACAAAAUAAAAUAAUGUCUUUGGAUAUACCUUCGGGUAUAGAUGGUGGAUCGGGAACAUUACUGGAUGAUUCUCUAAAGUUGAAUUGUCGAUGGUGUAUUUCUAUGGGAUUACCUUUGUCAGGAUUAAUAUUAGCAUAUAAGAAUGGACAUAUGGAUUCUUCAGAUGUUUUACAUUAUUUAAUUGAUGUUGGAAUACCUAAUAAGGUAUAUAGUAGUAAAGGUAAUUUAAGAAAAUUUGAUAAGUUUUGGUAUUGUGCUGAAUCAAAUAUUAAAUUAGAAAUUACUUUUGAUUAA